GAGGUCAGCUGACUACCUGAAUAUACUGAAGGACCAGGUUAUUCCAUCAAUGGAAACAAAAAUGAAUGCAAGACAGAAAAAGAUGUUGUGACAUUGCUGAAGCUUGUGGAAACGAUGCCACAGAGAAUGUGGACGUAAUCAAAGCUAAAGUGUGUGACAAUUUUUUUUGGCCAGGAGGUGUAUGCAGAUGUGAAACUCACUGCUCAUAAGCGAGCUAACCUCAGUACCGAGCAGUAAAACAGUUACUUAAGACGUGAGAGUGACUAACAGAGAGACACCAUGAGGAUCACUCUGUGUCUCCUCACAAUGUUGUGUUUUCCUUCGAUCCAAGCUGGGGGUCGUGGAAAUACAAAUGGAAACAAAAAAGAGACAGUGAAUCAGGAUGUUCUGCCUGAUGGUGUUAGAGACUCUUUCACAACCACUUGUGCAACAACGAAAACCGGAGUUCCCCUGAAAGACUGUAAAAAUGUCCUCCAGGAUUGUCUAGCAACAGAUACCUUAUGGACCAGGUGUUAUGAGGCCAAUAUUACAAGUUGCAGAGUAAGAGGCCGUUUCAUACAUAACUUCCUUCGUCUGAUGGUGAACUCGUCUCAAGAGGCAGAGGGGCGUCCCACCCUGGAACACACGGUUCGAAUCCCAUCCUCCGCUCUGCAGAAGAGCAGAGGAUCUGCGACUGAGAAGGAAGUCCUGCUGGUCGCCACGGUGAUCAACAGCACUUUUUUUAAGCUGAGCCCCCCUAGGAUGAGAAAAGGGAGACGGGUCAUACCAGUCAUCAAACAAGUUCUGGGGGGGUUAGUCCUGGCAGUGAGGGCAGGGAGCCAGCCUGUCAGAAACCUCACACAACCCGUCAGAUUAAUCUUCAAACACAACAAAAAUGUAGAAAAUGGGACUUGUGUGUUUUGGCAGGAGUCACAGCUUAACGAUGGAACAGGUGAUUGGAGCACAGAUGGAUGUGAAACCGUUGACAAUGGAUCGGAGCAUAUUUGUAGCUGCAACCACCUGAGCUUCUUUGCUGUGCUUAUGAACCCAGUGCUAACAGUGGAUAAACUCAAUGCUGUGAGGCUGAGCUACAUCACCUACAUUGGUUCAGCGCUCUCCAUUUUCUUCACCAUCAUCAGCCUUAUCAUCUAUAUAUGUCUUCAACGGCAGCGUCCUGAGAAGGCUAUCGGUGUGCAUUUGCAAUUAUCAGGGGCGCUGCUCUGCCUCCACCUCAGCUUCCUGCUGUGCAGCUUCUGGGUGUGGCAGGAUGAGGAGGGCUGGGUGUGCAAGGGUCUGGGUCUCUUCUUACACUGGUCGCUGCUGGCCACUGUUUGCUGGCUGGCGCUGGAAGGAUUUCACCUCUAUCUUCUCUUGGUCCGAGUCUUCAACAUCUACGUCAGGAGAUACCUGCUGAAGCUCAGUCUGGUCGGAUGGGGUAUUCCUACACUGAUUGCCGGGAUUUGUGGGAUUUUAGAUGUUUAUGGCAAAUACAGUUUGGAUGUUAAAGAUGACACCAAGCCCAUUUCAACAUCACAGAUAUGCUGGAUGAGCAGUAAGUUCCCCCAUAGGCUUUUAGUCAGCUACGUCACUACAGUGGCCUUCCCCUCCCUGGUUAUACUGUGUAAUAUCUGCAUGCUGGGGUUGGUAGUGUUUAAGCUGUGGAGGCUGAGGGCAAGAGGUGGAGGCAGCAGUGGCUGGAAGAAGAUGAACAGAGAGAGGUUAUGGAAGGACUGUACCACAGUGCUGGGCCUCAGCUGUGUGCUUGGCUUACCCUGGGGGUUAGCGAGCACCACCUACAUCUCCUACUCUGGGAUCUACCUGUUCACUAUACUAAACUCCUUGCAGGGUGUGUUUAUGUUCCUGUGGUCCGUGGCUUUGACCUGUAAGCCUCGAACUGAUCAUAGCUCCUCUAGCAGAGACCCUUCCUCUCAGAAAGUGAUGACUACCAGUUUCAAUAACUGAUAUUCACAGCUACAAAUGUAGUAUUGCCUAUAUUAGGUGUUAUAACUCUCUGUACAUAUGCAGUUAAAAGAUAACUUAUAACAAUAAACAAUACCUUAAUCAGUCGCGCUGUCGUAAAUUACGGAAUAAAAAAUACUCUUAUUGACUUAAAUGCAAAAGUGAGCAUGUGAUGUUUAGGAAGACAACUUGCCAGUGCCUAUGCAUUAUAAGACAACUUGUUUAAUGUGGAUAGAUGUUUAUUCUUAUUAUUAGUCGCGUAUUUUUUACUUUUAAUAAAUAUUGGUUUAUUUAGUUAUUGCAGAGGGAAUUAUGCUUAAAAGACAUGGUUGUAUUAUUUUACUGGUCAGAGAACAGUUAAAUAAAUCUGGAUUUUGAACUGUUA